GCUCUGUGGUAUCAGGUGAGAGGAUAGAGAGUCAAGGCUGGGCAGGAGGUCUCCUGUGGACCUGCAGUGUGACAACCUUUCUGGGGAUUUAAGGGUGGCAUGUUUGCAGAUGACCUUUUGCCCUUUGGGCAGAUUAAGUCAUGCCAAAAAGGCAGGAGAAGGUUUUCUGAAACUUGUUCAUGGGAACAUGGGAUUCUGCUGUCUACAGACCCUGAAGAAGAAACCUGUAGCUGGGGACACCACAUCCUUCUUUCAGUGUGCCAUAUUAAGGAGUGGCACAACCAAUUCCUUGGAGGUUCAUUCUGUGGCGGUCACGGAGUUGACUACACCUGAAUGUUCCUCUCCACAGCCCAUCUACUUGGCUCUGUGGUUUAUAAUUAUCAAACAUCCAGCCUUCAGCCAAUGAGGUUUCUACCAAGUCUGCUACCUCAAUAAAUGGAGGUCACUGACUAGCCUCACUAUCAGACACAAGCACAGAAUUAAGGCUGACUUGGACCCUUAACUCUGAGCAACUAGGGUUACAGGGAAACCUACAGUCAGAGGUAGCUGUGUCUUUGGCCUUUGAGAUCAUAGCCUCCGAAGUCUCCCAUGGCUCCUUAUCAUAUCCGAAAAUACCAGGACAGCGACCACAGGAGUGUGGUGGAUUUGUUCCGCAGAGGCAUGGAGGAACACAUCCCUGCCACCUUCCGCCACAUGCUGCUGCUGCCCCGAACCCUCCUGCUCUUACUCGGGGUCCCUCUUACUCUAUUCCUGGCCUCAGGCUCCUGGUUUCUGGUUCUUCUGUCCAGCCUUACCCUCUUUCUUUCCCUGUGGCUCCUCGCAAAAUACACAUGGGAAAAGCAUGUGACAAAGUGUUUGCACACAGACAUGGCUGACAUCACCAGAACCUACUUGAGUUCCCGUUACUCCUGCUUCUGGGUAGCCGAGUCUAGAGGUCAAACAGUGGGCAUGGUGGCUGCUCUGCCGGUGGAGGACCCCCUCCUGCAGAAGAAGCAACUGCAGCUACUCCACCUCUCUGUGUCCUUGCAGCACCGAAGAGAAGGCAUAGGGAAAGCUAUGGUCAGGACUGUCCUCCAGUUUGCACAGAUGCAGGGCUUCAGUGAAGUUGUCCUUGCCACCAGCAUGCUUCAGUAUGCAGCCCUGGCUCUCUACCAGGGCAUGGGCUUCCAGAAGACUGGCGAGACCUUCUACACCUAUAUCUCCAGACUAAGGAAGUCCCCGAUGAUACACUUAAAGUAUCGCCUUCCUUCUCCUCUGGAAGGGGACCUGUGAUCUCUCUCCUGUGGGCAUCAGUCAGGACCUGAUUGCUUCUGUAAUAGUAACAAGCAGACCCAGCUACUUCAGGUGCAAACCACUAACCCUCACUCUCAAGCACCUCUGAAUAAAUGUGUUUGUGGAUGGGGUUGGGGCAAUGGUUACUCUGUGUUAUCCAUGCUUUCUGAGGUAUCCUUUAGCUAACACUAUAGUCAUG